AUGUGGAUUAGUCCAAGACCUCAAUAUGCGAUAACACCUUUAUGGUUUGUCGUGGUAGAGAGCGACUACUUUGCUCUGCUAAAGAGCAAGUCUGGUAGUACUCUGCUCGGUAGACUGGCUGGUCUGGCAGUGCAGGCAAGCGAUUCUCAUCCAUUGACAUAUCGUAUAAUCUACAAGACAAAGUCACCACUUGUUAUCGCUGUCAGUGAGUCAUUAGACUUGAUCACAGAGCAUUGGAACAAGCUAGAGAUGGAGAUUACACCGAGACUUGGUGAACAUGAGUGGGAUGUACGCGACCAAUUCGUCGUGUCCAAAAUCAUUGGAAUGGCACAGUCAACCGAUGAGAAUGAGGCAGACCAGAAUGACGAGAAGUCUCUUGAUGAGUUCAAGAAGCACUUUGCCUACAUGGAGGAGAGGUUGGUCACAUACUUUAGUUGUUCAUUAUGGAUGGAUGGGUUGACGACUGGCAAGAUGUACAUCACUCAACAAUCAGUGUGUUACUACUCGGCCAAUCCUCCACAACACAUCAUGCUGCCAUUCAGCAAGAUAACAUCAAUCAACAAAGAGACAACACUUGGUUUCUUACCAAACACCAUUAAGAUCAAGGCCUGUAUUGGCCCAGACGAGAAGACAGAGAAGAGGUUCCUAUUCUAUAUUAUAUCAAGAGAUGUUGCCUAUGACAUGUUGGAACAACUAUGGCGACUGUGUAUAGAUGAGCUGUAUGAUCAACAGCAACAACAGCAUCAGCUACAACAACAGCAGUAUCAGAACUCAAAUGAUCCAAGCUAUAUCGCCGGUGAGAAGCCUGGCAAUGAUGUCGUAGCCAACACGACCAGUCCAACACUCAAGGCCACUAAGCAGACCUUGGAGAUUGAGAAGAGCAACAAGAACUUCCAAAAGUUCUUCAAGCUUCCCCUUAACGAAGAGUUGUUACAAGUUCAUACAUGUUGGAUCGUUCGAAGGAAGAACUCAUUGUUGGGAGAGUUGUACUUGAGUGCAAACUUCUUCUGCGUCAAGUACAAGGAGUCAUUCACUGGAAAGAGGUACACAACAGUGUUCCCAUUGUCAAAGAUUGCAUCCAUUCAAAAGACACGUCCAUUCCUCGGCAUAUCACUAUUGACAGACACGAUUCAAAUCACAACGAUCCAGAACAGGACAGUCAAUGUGAGGUUGAUUCACUGCGACGAGGCACUGCAGACCAUGCUAAAGUACUGGCAGCUGAAUGUACCGGCAGCCGCCCCAAUCAACAUCGAGGGCCAGGUGGCGCGUCCACAGCCUCUACAGCUCGAGUCGGUCGGUGUCGGUUGGUUCGGCCAGGAGCCAGGCUUGAAGCCAGACAACCCUGAUGAUCUCAAGUACAAGCUGGACAAGUGGGAGAAGUACUUUGCGAAGCACGGCUCCGACACAUCAAUGACCAUCACCAUGCGACUCAGACAUCUCAUCCAGAUUGGCGUGCCUGAUCCCUACCGUGGACACAUCUGGUCGUUCUGCAGCGGAGCUUGCUUCAUGUGGGAGAAGGAGCGUGGCUACUACGAACAGAUACUGCGAGAGAACAAGGACAAUACCAGCACGGCCACUGAGGAGAUCGAGAAGGAUGUGCGAAGGACAUUUGCACACCAUCCAUACUUCAAGAAUGAGGACGGCAUUGACGCGCUGCGCCGCGUGCUGACCGCCUACAGCUGGCGCAACCCAACCAUUGGAUACUGUCAAAGUAUGAAUGUCGUGGCCGGCAUCAUGCUGUUGUACAUGCAGGAGGAGGCAGCCUUUUGGGUGUUGUGCCGCGUGUGCGAGGCAUUCCUUCACGACUACUACGUGCAGGCCAUGAUCGGAUCGAUCAUUGAUCAGAAGAUCUUUGCACAUUUGGUCAAGACGCAUCUGCCUGACGUCAAUGCGCACCUGGACAAGAUCGGUCUGCCCAUCAACAUCCUUUCACUGCCGUGGUUCAUGUGCAUGUUUGUCUCAUACAUCCCGUUCCCCGUGGCGACUCGUGUCGUCGACUGCUUCCUGCUGGAGGGCAUCACUGUACUGUUUCAAACUGGUCUAGCAAUACUCAAGAUCAACAAGCAGAAGAUAUUGGAUGAGAAGGAUUCAGAGGUGGUCGUAGCAAUGCUUCGACAUCAAACCUAUGACGUUGGCGAAUUGAUCAAAGUGACCUUUGACGACUUUAACAUUCCCGAAGAGCAGAUAAUCGAGCUUAGGAAUGCACACAAGUUUAAAGAGAUAAAGCGUAAAUAG